CUUUGCUUUUCCAUUGCCAAUGCGUUUUGCUGCCGUUCGCUUGGCCUGCUCAGCCUCAGCCUCGGCCUGCGCCCCUGCGUCCGCCGCCGCCGCUCGCCACAUCCAUCUCUCUGCUGCUUCCAGUGCUGGUCGCAAUGUCCGACUAAGUCUUGGCAUGUCGCGCAGUGGAAACGAGUUUGGAGUGCUCACCGACGGACCAGACUGGACGAGCACAGAUGGCAAAGUCGCCAACCCCGUGUCCGAGGCACAAGCAAAGCGCAUCAAGUAUCACUCUGACAUUUACCGCGCUAUUCUGGCCAUGACACGCAAAAUGUCCAUGCUGAAACUGCUGCCCGACAAGCAGCUGCCAGCGCCGUUCGAGAUUGAGCGCGCACAGCAAGCCCUCGCUCAGCCAUUCGCAGUGCUCAAGAACGUCCCAGGCUCACGGCCGACUACCCUGCUGCGGUCGGUCGAGGACUCUUACAGAUCGCGACGCCCCAAGCCUGCACCCGCUGGGGAGCAGGCACCUGCUCGCCCUGCUCGUAAGGCCCGCGUGACGCUCGCAGCGGCUCCAGGCACAGCUCCCAAUGCGCGUCAAUAGUCUCAAAGAGGUGUAUUUCUAGUGUUGUUUUGUGUAUUGUUGUUGGAUUUGCAAUUCGACCCCAUUGGUUUUCGGUUUUGAUCUUUUUCUCUUUCUUCUUUUCAUGCUGGGGUUGUGCAGAGCGUUUUGGGUGGUUUCCUGCUGU